AUGGGAGGUCCAGUGGCUUUUUUCAUAUUUUUGUUUAAUCUGUCUUCUAAAAGGUUUUAUGUUGCUGAAGUUCUCCUUGCCCAGGAGUAUUUGCACAUGCUAGGAGUUGUAUAUAGAGACUUGAAGCCAGAAAAUAUCCUGGUACGAGAAGAUGGCCACAUUAUGCUUACGGAUUUUAACUUGUCACUCAGAUGUUGGGUCAAUCCAAUAGUGGUCAAGUCAUCUUCAACAAGUGUGGAUCCAACAAAGACGUCCAGCUCAUGUUCGCAGGCUAACUGCAUGCACCCUUUCUGUCUUCAACCAAAUUGGCAUGUCUCAUGUACUCCUAUUUUAUUACCAAGUGGAGCAAAAUCUCAAAAAAUUAAGGCUGAAAUAAGUGGUCAGGUUGGUCCACUGCCACAACUUAUAGUGGAGCCUACCAAUGCUCGAUCAAACUCGUUUGUUGGAACCUAUGAAUAUCUUGCUCCGGAAAUCAUAAAAGGUGAGGGUCAUGGGAGUUCUGUAGAUUGGUGGACUUUUGGUAUACUAUUGUUUGAACUUUUAUACGGUAUAACUCCAUUCAAGGGCUCUACAAAUGAGGAUACAUUAGCCAAUGUUGUGUCACAGAGCCUUAAGUUCCCAGAUACUCCCAUAGUGAGUUUUUGA